AAGAAAAGGAGAUAAGAUAAACCCUCUUUGCUCACUCGGAAAUAUCCUCCGCCGGCGAGUUUCGAUGUUCUCCGCCGUCGCCAAACCCUUCCUCUCUCCUUCACCACCGCUCUUUCGCCUUCCUCUUUCUUCUUUCUCAGUUUCCUUCCGCGUUAUCCCCUCAUUCUUCUCCUCCUCAUCCUCGUUCUUGCCGUCUCCUCAAUCUUCUAAUCCAAUCACGCCUCUCUUUUCCUCGAGCCGCCGCAACUGUAGUCGCCAUGUGUUUAUCGUUGACCAGUACCUCACAUGUUCCAUGCCUGAGAAGCCUCUUCGUGUCGCCGUACUCCUCAGUGGCGGCGUCGAUAGCAGUGUCGCUCUCCGUCUCCUCCACGCCGCUGGUCACUCCUGUACCGCUUUCUAUCUCAAAAUCUGGUUUCAGGAAGGCUUUGAGAAUUUCUGGAAUCAGUGCCCUUGGGAAGAUGAUUUGAAGUAUGCAAAGCAUGUUUGUGAGCAGGUUGAUGUUCCUUUGGAGGUUGUGCAUUUAACAGAUGAAUAUUGGGAAAGAGUUGUUUCCUACAUUAUUGAGGAGUAUCGUUGUGGACGUACACCUAAUCCAGAUGUUUUGUGUAAUACUAGAAUCAAGUUUGGUGCAUUCAUGGAUGCAAUCAGUGAUAUGAAGUAUGAUUACGUAGCUUCAGGUCAUUAUGCUAAGGUGGUUCAUCCCCCUGCUGACCAAAAUGAUUCAUCAUCUGUUUUGGAACUGUCCCUAGACAUGGUGAAGGAUCAGACCUACUUCCUCUCACAUCUCUCUCAACCCCAGCUUAAGCGACUGCUUUUCCCACUUGGUUGUGUAAAGAAGGACGAAGUUCGCAAACUAGCCACACAAUUUGAUUUGCCAAAUAAAGAUAGAAAGGAUUCACAAGGAAUAUGUUUCCUUGGGAAGAUAAAGUUCAGUGACUUUGUCGGUAGACACAUAGGAGAGAUGGAGGGAAUUAUAUUGGAAGCUGAAACUGGGGAUUUUCUUGGUAACCAUCGGGGAUUUUGGUUUUACACGAUCGGACAACGCCAAGGUUUGCGUUUACCUGGCGGGCCUUGGUAUGUUGUUGAAAAGGACACAAAGAACAAUGUAGUGUUUGUCUCCAGAAAUUACUACUCAAUCGAUAAGAGAAGGCGGAUUUUCCGUGUUGGCUCCUUAAGAUGGCUUAGUGGGAAACGUUGGGGCAAUGUUAGCAAGCUCCGUUGCAAGGUCCGGCAUGGGCCUGGCUUCUACAGCUGCAGUUUUGAAAUGGAAGCAAAGGGAAAUGUUGCAGUUGUACACCUAGACGAAGACGAUCAAGGUCUAGCUGCUGGACAGUUUGCAGCGUUUUACGAGGGAACCACUUGCAUUGGUUCAGGUGUAAUAUUGGAGUCUUGGGACGAUCAAUGUUUCCCGGUCUGUGCUAAAGCCCUUCAACUCGCAGCGAUGGAAGAUAAAACCAAACUCGGGAAACCCGUCAAAAUCAUGACGAUGCCAGUUGCUACAUCAUCUGCUCAGGCUGAUUCAGGAGAAGCCAGUGCAGAAGAAAAGCUGGUUAAUGCAUGAGAGACGCAAUGCAAGGAAUGGUGCAGUUCUCGGUUUCACCCACAAACUCUGUAGAUUUGAAGCUUUAGCUUGAUAGGUGAUAACAACAUACGACAUUCCACUACGAGCUUCAGGAUUUGAUUGGGAAUGUUGUAUUUAUACAUAAGGUAUACUGUUGAAAAUAAUUUGACCUCCCGGUGAUCAGAUAUGAGUUAAUUACAUAUAUUUUUUUUUCAUCAUUUUUAAUUGGAUUUUAUUAUAUA